AUGGGCGAUGUCGUCCUCGACCCCGUACGGUUGCAGGUCGUCCGGUACAUGCAAGUGGCGAGCGCAACGUUAUUGGUGACGGAUUGGCUGGCGACAUCCCUGGACGAGAUACAGUACAUAUGGUUCACGAACUGGGGUGCAACCAAGAUUCUCUUUCUCCUCAGUCGAUACUCCCCUUUCCUCGACACGCCUCUGAACCUGAUAUAUUAUAUUUCACCCUCCAUUACGCCGAAGGGUUGCUUAACGAACUAUCGAAUAUCGACCUGUCCGUCUCCUUCAUCCUACCGCCGUGGUUCUGGCUUUGACGACAUCGAUCUAGGGUCAACGGGCGUUGGAAUGGGAAUCGCCGAACUGAUCUUGCUAAUGAGAACUUAUGCCAUCUACGACUGCUCGCGCAAAGUCCUGAUCUCGCUCGGCAUAUUAUGGAUCAUAUGGACAACAGGCAACAUUCCGCUGAUAUACAAAUUUACCCAGUCACUGGUUUACGAGGAUCCGCCCGCAAGCAUCAGCUUCAUCCCUGGAUGUUAUCUGACCGAUGGCAGUCCCGUCAUAUUCGCGACUUUCGCUUCGUUACUAGUUAUCGAGACAGACGUUACCUCCAGCACCGACGUUUACGCGACUGCGAGAUCUGGCCUGCGGAAUCCCCUGCUGAAGGUGUUAUAUCGUGACGGCAUCUUCUUCUUCGUCAUCCUUGCACUAUGCUCCCUGGCGCAAGUCCUCAUGCUAGUCACCGGCCCAAGGGAAUAUCUCGAUCUCUUCGACACGUGCGCUCCUUUCACGUUUGCCUCGUCUGGGUUCGGUCUCAACGGCUUUUUCUUCUUCCCCCGUUCCAGCCUCCUGCGCGUCUUGCACUCCAUCCUAUGCUGCCGCAUCCUGCUCAACAUCCGCAUGGCCGGCGCCCCGACCCCGUACUCGACGUUCUCGCACGCCCUCGUCCCGUCCACCGCGGAAGGCACGGCCGACGCCGUACUGGACACGCGGUUCACGACUACGGGGCUCGCGAGGACGAUCGUCGACCCGGAGCCCUACGACGGCGCUUGGACGGGGGGGUUCGCCGGUUACGACGACGUGCCGCUGGCGUUGCUGCAAGGCUCAGAAGCGAGAGGUACAAGGCCGUCGGGCUCUGGUAUGGCGCUAGCUGGCAGAUAG